CCUGUUGGUUUCGCUAAAUAUACUAGUUCCUUUACUUCUCCUCUAAUUCCUCACCACUUUCAACUAUAUUUAGUUUUAAAUCUGCUGUGUCAUGAAAAUGACGAUGUACCUUUUGGAUCUGAUGCAAGGUCCUUAUUAAAAGAACAAGAAG